AGUGAAUUUCUUUAUUUGUGAUUGUGACUAAUCAACAAUUUGAAGGUACUAAAACGAGCCAUCAAAAGACCUUCAUCCAUCUUCACUGAGUCACAGUUUACGAUGGGGUUGCAUAUUUCACCUAUGCCGCCGCCUCACGCAAUGCCCUGUGGGCCGCAUUGCGGUACUUACUGCGCGCCGCACUGCUAUCACCGCCGACCGCCGCCGCCGCCACACCAUCAUCCGCCACACCACCCUCCGCCGCCGCCGCAUCAUCACCAUCCACCGCCGCCACCUCAUCACCAUCAGCCACCACCUCAUCACCACCCGCCACCACCCCCUCAUCAUCAUCACCCGCCGCCGCCACCGUUCCAUCACCCACCGCACCACCACGGGCCGCCGCAUCACUGGCGAUAGACUGUUUUGAAAAGAUCUUCUGUGCUGUGAUAAUGAUAAUGUUGAAACAAUUAUUAAUUUCGGAGAUCUGUUUGUAACGUGAUUUUAAACU